AUGGCUACUUUCCUCACAGCUGUUUCAGUCAAACCUAAAGUCUUCUCAUUCCAGUCAGAAUCCUUCACUUCUUUGCAGACGCAGUCCAAUGUAUUCUCCCUCAAAGCAUUUCCUUCUCUCGCCGGAACAAUCUCAAUCUCCCUUCCACGGAGCUCCAGGAUGAGAUUCAUUCCCCAUGCGGUGAUGGAGACGGAAGAGAAACCCGCUCUGGACCCUAAUUUGGAAUCCUCCAGGCGUGUCUACAUCGGGAACAUACCCAGAACGGUGGAUAACGAGCAGCUCACCAAAAUCGUUGAAGAACACGGCGCCGUUGAAAAAGUUCAGUCCGAAGAUUCGGCGUUUGUAGAUAGCCCUUACAAAGUGUAUGUAGGGAAUCUAGCAAAGACUGUCACAAAAGAGAUGCUUGAGAAUCUGUUCUCAGAGAAAGGCAAAGUUGUGAGUGCCAAGGUCUCAAGAGUACCUGGGACUUCGAAAUCCACCGGCUUUGGAUUCGUAACCUUCUCUUCAGAAGAAGAUGUUGACGCUGCCAUUUUGGCUCUUAACAACUCUUUGUUGGAAGGACAGAAGAUUCGGGUGAAUAAGGCGUAA